AUUUGCAUUAAUACCAUUCUGUGUACAUCGUGACCUUCAUCAUCAUCAUCCUCAUCCUCAUCACCAUCUGCAGUCAUGGUCUUUCGUUCUCUCCUGCUGGUUCUGCUGGUUCUGACCUGCCUUCAGUCCUUCACAAUGGCCGAAAGUGAAAAGGAAGGAAUGAAAUGCUGUGUCAGUUACCAGAAGAGUCGAAUCCCUGUAAAACUCAUUACAGCGUAUGAAGAAACAGGCAUUUGGUGUGCACACCCUGGAGUCAUCUUUACUCUAGAGAACGGCAAAGUGGCGUGUGCAAAUCCUGAAGACAAGUGGGUGCAGAGGGUCAUGGAAAAAAAUGAAUUAAAGAAGAGCGAGAUUACAAUCCUGUCCUCAACUCAGCCGAGUGUUUAAAUCCUCUCUCCAUUAAUACAUAUUGUUUCAUCAGAUUUAAACAAACUUUUGUUUGAAUUAUUCUUGCAUUGUUUAGCUGAAUUACACUCGAGGCUAUGAGGAUGAAUUUAUUAUCUGUUUAUACCUAUUAAAGCACAUUUUAACUGGCA